AUGGUUGAUACUCCAGAUAAAUUAUGUAUAAUUUGUUUACGAAAACUCUCAUCCCUAUUAAAAGCAGAUCAGUUCCUAUGGAAAAAGCAAAUUGAAGAACAUGUUGAUAGAGUCUAUUGUGAAGAAAUUCAACAAGCAAAAUUAAAUGUCAAUGAUGAACAAAAGCGAAAACAUCAUCGCGGCGAAUCAAGUCGAACCGGCGGCGAAUCAGCAAUACAACCAAUUGAUAAUUCCGAUGGUAAAAGUCUCUACAAUAAUCCAAGAUUAUUUAUUGAAUAUUUUCUUCGUGGAUAUUGUUCAUUAAAUUCAAUAUUAACCGAACAUCUGGUUAAUCAUUUAGUCGCAAAUGAUCAAUUGAAUGAUUUUACAUUAUCAUUAUUCUCAUCGCAUACAACAUCUCUGAAAAGAUUAGUAAUUAAUAUCAAAUAUUUAAGUCGACUGCAAUGUCAUUUGUUUAAUCAACAUCCAAAUAUAGUUGAAUUAGAGAUUAUUUUUAAAGAUUCAAAUUCAAAUCGUACAAUAAAUAUGACAAAUGAAGUAUUUUAUCAACAUAUAUGCCCAUCAUUAUAUUCAAAAUUCGAUGAUAUUUACACUAUCUAUGGUCCAUUUAUUUUACAUCAUAAAUAUCCACGAUCACCAGCAGAAUCAAGAAGGCCAUCAUUAACAAACAAUCCUAUAUUACGAAAUCUACCGAAUUCGUCGGAUGAAUUUUCACACCAUAAAUUAUUGCAUGGAAUAUUUUCAAAUUUACAUCCAAUCACAAUCGACCGAUUGAAAACAUUAAGUCUGUCACAUUAUAAAUUCUUUGCUGCUACACAUUCAACUGCUGUACGAAAACAUUCAUUGGUGGACAUGUCACCACUGGUGAAAUGUUCGACAAGUUCAUCGUCAACCAUGACAACACCAGUGAAUUUUAUUCCAAUGAAUCUUCGUCUAGUAUUGAAAUUCACAAAUCUAACAUCAUUAAACUUAAGUUCAACCGAUAUUAAAAAUCCUUGUUUCGAUAUCAUUAUUGAUUCAUUACAAAACUUAGAAACAUUCGAUUUAUCAUCGUGUCGCUCAAUAAAAUUAUUCAACUCAUUAUUAAAAUUAUCAACGAAAUUAAAAUGGCUCAAUCUAUAUAAUUGUUGUUUUCAUAUGCAACAAAGUCCAUCCAUAAUGCAUAUAUUAUAUCAAUUAAAACAUCUUGAAUAUUUAGACCUCAGCAACGAUAAUACAUUCAAUGAUCAUAAUAAUUCAAGAAUCGACAAUGACAACGACAUAAAUCAAUUUUUACGCGAUGAAUAUUGUUUACCACGUUUAAAACAUCUUGAUAUCAGCGGUCAAAAAACCAUAUCCUCAAUAUCCUUACAUCGAUUUCUCUUAAGACACACUCAUCUACAAUUUCUUGGCUUAUUUUUAACAAAUGAAAAGUAUUCAUCAUGUAUAUUCGAUACGAAUGAUUCGUGCUACUCUAAACAUCGUCAUUACACAUACGAUUUACAACAUAUACAAACAUCAACAAUAACAGAAAAUGAUUUAAUCCUGUACGAACCCUAUCUCGUUGAGGCGCUAUUGCGUUAUCGUGAUCGAUCGGGUUUUGUACAAAAAAUUCUUUAUUAUGUUUUCUUUUUAACACGUUCAUAUCAUCCAACAAAGCAAACUCGUCUUAUUGAACUUAUACUUCAUGUGAUGUCAAUACAUUCAAAUUUACAAUCGGUACAGAUGGCCUCAACCGCAUGUAUCUAUAAUCUAACACGUACACCAAUAGCUGAACGAAUACAUGUCAAAUACUUGGCACAAAUUGUUCAAGCGACAAUGAAUGUCAUGGCAACAUUUCCAAAUCAACAACAAUUACAAAAAAACUGUUUAUUGACAUUAUGUAGUGAUCGCAUUUUACAUGAACCACGUUUUAAUUUCUAUUUGUUAGCAACAUUAGUUAUGCAUAAUUUACAGAAUUAUAUGGAUUUAGCUAUUAUACAGCCAGGCGUAGCAAUCUUAUCUUUGUUAACCACAAGAUUGACAAUCAACGAAUGUACAGAAUUAGGUUCAACAAACAAUUUAAAACGUUUACUUCAAUUAAUGGACCAACAAGUCGAUCGUUUACAAAGUAUGCACAUUAAUCAAAAUCAACAGGGACUCAUUGGUCCUACUGAUGAAACUCAACAAACGCAAAUUGAUAUUGAUAUGACAUUAAAUCAUCCUCAGCAAUUAACCAGCGAUGAUACAUUGCGUUUUUGUUUAAGUUUAUUAUGGAAUUUAACAGAUGAAAAUCCGAUUGUUUGUGAAAAUUUUAUUCAAUCAAUGGGUUUACAAUUAUUUCAGCGUCUUCUCCAUUUAUUUUCAUCAGAUACCAUAGUAUUAACAAAAAUUGUCGGUCUAUUAAGUAAUAUAGCUGAAGUAUCACAUUUAAAAAUGUAUCUUUACUCAAUUGAUAUUAUUCCAUUAAUGCGAAAAUAUAUAAAUGAAGCCAUAAUUGAUGUUGCAUUUUCAGCUGGCGGAAUUCUCGCUCAUCUACUCUAUGGACAAGUUGAUGAUGAAAUCAAUGUAGAACUCUGUCAACAAAUGAGAGAUGCUAUUGUAACAUGGCAACAUCCACAUACGAAUAUGGUUACGUAUAGAUCGUUUAAGCCAUUUUUACCAUUACUUCAUUGUGCUCGAUUACCGGUCGUACAGUUAUGGGCAGUAUGGGCUAUUCAUCAUGUUUGCAGCACUGAUCGUGCUCGAUACGGUCGAAUAAUUCGCGAGGAAAAAAUCUAUGAUACAAUGCAAAAGUUAAAUGAUGAUCUAAUCUCAUCGGAAUGUUCUGAUCCGCUGAUGGUUCAAUUGCUCAAAUCAAUUCUUCAUCUUCUUAAACCGCACUAUUCCAGUCGUCAUCGAAAUUCAAGUGCUGUUGCAAACUGA